AUGGCGCCCAAAGGCCGGCGGGCUCAAGGUAACCGAGAAGAAGGGGAGAGAAUAACACCCUUCAGUCAGUCCCAGGCUAUCCUGGAUUUGACCCAGCGGCAUGAAAGCGGUGAUCUCUAUCUAGCAGUGCUGGCCUUGUAUUCGGUCCACUUGUUCUCCCAUGUGCGCUGGGUUAAAUCUGAUGACAGUGAUACGGGCCUUGGUUUGUGUGGGUGGAUCCUGGUGAUCACUUCACUUUUUUUCACUAUUAUUACAUUUCCUAUAUCAAUCUGGAUGUGCAUAAAGAUUAUAAAGGAAUACGAGCGAGCCAUCAUAUUCAGACUUGGACGCAUCUUAAAAGGGGGAGCAAAGGGACCAGGUUUGUUUUUUGUCCUGCCCUGCACAGACAGCUUCAUUAAAGUUGACAUGAGGACCAUCUCCUUUGAUAUUCCUCCCCAAGAGAUCUUGACCAAGGACUCUGUGACAGUGAAUGUAGAUGGAGUGGUUUAUUACAGAGUUCAGAAUGCCACCCUCGCUGUAGCAAAUAUCACAAAUGCUGACUCAGCCACCCGUCUCCUAGCGCAGACCACUUUGAGGAAUGUUCUGGGGACUAAAAACCUUUCUCAGAUUCUCUCUGAUCGUGAAGAAAUUGCACACAGCAUGCAGGCCACGCUUGAUGACGCAACAGAUCAUUGGGGCAUUAAGGUGGAACGUGUGGAGAUCAAGGAUGUGAAGCUGCCUGUCCAGCUGCAGAGAGCAAUGGCUGCAGAAGCAGAAGCUGCCCGGGAGGCGAGAGCUAAGGUAAUUGCAGCUGAGGGUGAAAUGAAUGCAUCCAGGGCCCUGAAAGAGGCAUCCUUGGUUAUUACGGAGUCCCCUGCUGCUCUUCAGCUUCGUUAUUUGCAGACCUUGACCACCAUCGCUGCAGAAAAGAACUCCACCAUCGUCUUCCCAUUGCCCAUAAACAUGCUGCAAGGCAUCAUGGGUGCAAACCGCUAGGGGGAGUGGGAGGAGAGAGUUUGGGGGGUUUUUUUUUUGCUACAGCAAAUGUCUGCAACACUUCAUUCCCCGUGUAUUGUAGCGUAUGG